AUGUCCACACCAUCACAACCUCAAUGGCUCAUCUUUGCAAUAGCAUCAGGAGGCUGUGCAGCCCUCAACGGCGUUUUCGCAAAAUUGACAACAACACAACUAACCACAACAUGGGCGACCGCGAUUUCACACCUCUUUGGCCUCAAGCAGGAAAGCAUAGUCAUUGAGUUUAUUGUGCGAGGAUUCUUCUUCCUCAUGAACCUCGCCUUCAACGCCGUAAUGUGGGGACUCUUUACACGCGCUCUCACAUUAGCAAGCAGUACCGUACGCGUCAGCGUGAUAAACACCAGCGCGAACUUCAUGCUCACAGCUGUUUUGGGAGCGAUUAUAUUUUCUGAAUCACUUCCAGGUCUUUGGUGGCUAGGCGCCUCCAUGCUCGUGGCCGGCUCUGUGAUUAUUGGUCGUAGAGAAGAAGGCAAAGACAAUGUCGGGUCUGGCGUGGAGCCGACGGUUGUGAAUUUGCCUGAAUAUUCUGAUGAGCCGGAUGCUCCGCCACCUAGUGUGGGUAACAACUCUGCUAAAGCUACUGCUUUCCUCUGA